CAAACCCCCAAUAGCCUAUGUUCCUAAGGUGAAGAAGGAGCAAAGACACUAUUUCAUACCUGAAGGCUUCUUCACUGGGGACAUUUGAAGAAAAGAAAGGGUCUGGGAUUUUCCUUCAUGGUUGGGCUGCCACAUCAGAAUAGCAGAAACAACCUGCCAAGACAAUGACAGUCACUUACUCCAGUAAAGUAGCAAAUGCCACCUUCUUUGGAUUUCACAGAUUACUCCUCAAGUGGAAAGGCAGCAUCUACAAAUUGCUGUAUAGGGAAUUUAUUGCCUUUGCUAGUCUUUACACAGCAAUAAGUGUGUUGUACAGGAUUCUACGUUACUUUGGUGGUGAACCGCUGGUGGAACCAGUUUGUGAAUCUGCCGUGGCCAGACAGACUUAUGUUCUUGAUCUCUAGCAGCAUUCAGGGAAGAGAUGAAUACGGGCGCUUACUUAGGAGAACUCUAAUGCGUUAUGUGAAUUUAACUUCCCUGAUCAUCUUCCGCUCAGUGAGCACAGCUGUAUACAAAAGAUUUCCAACCAUGGACCAUGUGGUAGAAGCAGGUUUUAUGACAGUAGAUGAAAGAAAAAACUUUGAUCAUCUUAAGUCUCCCCAUCUUAAAUACUGGAUUCCAUUUGUCUGGUUUGGAAAUCUAGCAUCUAAGGCACGAAAAGACGGUAGAAUUAGAGAUAGUGUAGACCUUCAGACACUGAUGAAUGAAAUGAAUAAGUACCGGUCUUGGUGUAGUCUUCUAUUUGGUUAUGACUGGGUUGGAAUUCCACUGGUCUACACACAGGUUGUCACUCUUGCGGUCUAUACCUUCUUCUUUGCAUGUCUGAUAGGACGUCAGUUUUUGGAUCCUGAGCAAGGAUAUGUAGGACAUGACUUGGAUCUUUACAUUCCAGUCUUCACACUGUUACAAUUCUUCUUCUACGCAGGAUGGCUCAAGGUUGCUGAGCAGCUUAUUAAUCCAUUUGGGGAAGAUGAUGAUGAUUUUGAAAUAAAUUGGUGCAUUGAUAGAAAUUUGCAGGUCUCACUUCUGGCUGUGGAUGAAAUGCACAUGAACUUACCAAAGAUGGACAAAGAUAUUUACUGGGAUGAUUCAGCUGCUCAGCCACCAUACACACUGGCAGCUGCCGAUUACUGUAUUCCAUCUUUCCUUGGAUCAACUAUUGAAAUGGGGCUGUCUGAUACAGAGUUCCUCCGUGGGGAAAACCAGCCCUGGGAUGAUGAGAAAUACAGGCGACAGCCCUCAGUGCUGAGAAGAGUUAAGCGAUUUCUGAGUGUCCAUGAAAACUCUCCUUCCCCAACCAGGAGGCGCUACAGCAGACAAACAAGUGAGAACUCGGUGUUUUUCCCUGCUCAUGAAAAGGGUCACAUCAGCAGUUUGCAAGAAAUGCAUUCUAGAGGGAGACAUUUUUCCUCAAAGGUCAAGAAGAAAUAUGAGCUGGCUGACAGGAAUCCCCGACUGCAUGCUAGCAUAGAUCUAGCAACUAUUAGUGAAACUAGCAGAACCAACAUUUUAGAGAGCUACCAAUCUAGUGAGAAUGACACAACAACAAAGAUAUCUUUGCCAGUCCCUGAAGCAGUUGUUGCUACUACUGAGGACAGAACACUCAACGCGUCAGACAGCCAGACUUUACAGACAGACACCUCCACAAACAUGUCGACAGAACAGGCUCCACCAGGCAGUCCAACUGAGCCACAUUCUGAUCCUGUGGAUGCACCACGACCUCAUUCAGAAAUGGCUAUGUCUUUUACAGAUUCUGGGCAGCAUAAAUCAUCCACUGUUGUAACAGAGGAACCAAAACCUGAUUUACACAAAAGUAUGACAGCAGAUGAUAGCAAAGAUCAACACAGGAGCUCUGAAAGAUGUUCCCCAGACUUCCAUAUGCUCAGUAUUACAUUGCAUACAGAUGCUGCACCUCUUUUAUUGGAUUUUGGAACACCCUCUGGACAAAGCACCUUAAGUGGUGAAAGUAACAUUGCUGCUACGUCUGCUGCUAGAGAUACCGUUGAUAUGCAUCACUUAUUGGAACAUCUGGAUGCUAAAGAAACAGCUAUACUAGAAUUCAUUAAUGAGAAGAAUGAAGGAAAUCUCUGACAAGGUUGUCAGAAUCUUCUAGAUUCCAAUUCUAUUCUAUUAUUUACAGUGGGGGGAAAUGUUUAAGAGCCCCUGCAGCCAUUUGGGGGUUCCCCAAACACAGAAAACUUUCAUUUUGCAAAACAAUUGGAACUUUGUCUCUUUUGAAACCUGUUCUUAUUCAGAUUUUCUGAAAAUACAGAAAUACAAACACACUGCUCAGACCACACAUACAGUACGUCGUACGGCUGAUCUUAUUUCCAAGGAAAAUUACUCAGAUUGCUAUGUUAAAGCUUUCCUCUCUCAAUGAGGAUUCUGGCAGGGCAAUAUUAAAUUUAAAUUAAAACAAAAAUCUCAGCCAGCCGGGAGCCUCAUUCCCUGGAUAGAUCUCACCAGCUGGUACCCAGCUUUGGCAGUGUUCUUCGGCCUUUCUCUCAGCACGGACUCCACCUUUGAACAUGGCUCGGGAAAGGGAGCUCAUGCUGUCCAUGGCCAUGAUGGAAAGGGGUGUUUUCCCUCUCUUUCAGCAGUGGGAAAGGAGAUUUCUCUCCAGCACAUACACGCCCAGCCCUUCUCUCUUGGAAUCCAUCCUUUUGCAAAUCAAAUUGCUUUUAUAACACAGCCAAGUAAUUAUUUCCUCAUCAAGUCUUAUUGAACUGUCACGAAAUAGUAAGGAUAAGUGUUAAGGAAUCAUACUGAUGUCCUGCCAGUACAAUUCAUUAACAACACAUCCCUCCUCCACCAUCCGGCAGUGUGGAUGGCUCCAAAGGCAAUGGAACUAAUGCAGUUACUCUACUCAUGGCAGGAGGUGGAGCACCCUCCCUGGGAGUGCACAGCUCCCAUGUGCCUGAAGCACUGCUCUGUGGCUUUCUCUAUGGUAGCAUAGGAAGGCCUGAGAAGUGUGGGGUGUGACCAGUGGAUCCACAGCUCUGUAGGUUCACUGGCCAAACUCCCCUCUGUCCUGCAUGAGGAGAAGGAUGGAUGUAGCUGCAGGAGGGAGUGUAUCAGCAGCCACAAAGCAGUUCCACCAUUUGGGUAAGAGGAUUCCAUAGCCAGCCCCCAACAGAACACAAGCCUGAGGAAAUGGGAGUCUCUCAGGGGAGAGGAUUUGAGCCAGGGAUUCCAGGCCAUUGUUUCUUUUGUCUCUUUUCUCUCUGUCUUUUCUGAUCGCAGAAAUCUCGCCUAAUCUCCAGGGUCCAAUCACCAUCUUGCCACCAUCCUCAUCCUCAGAGAAGAAUGAGGGGGGAUUUGAUAGCUGCUUUCAACUACCUGAAAGGGGUUGCAAAGAGGAUGGAUCUAGA